AUAUGUUUGAUAGCUGGAAACAGAAAUGGGCAAAUACGAGGCUGAAGCUUCCGCUUCAUACCUUUCAUUUAUUAUUACAACCAUCUUCUCUCAUAUAUAGAUAUACGUGUAUGUAGAGGGAGGGGAGUAGGAAUAGAAAAAGGCAAGAAACAGGGGGAAAAUGAAAGUAGUGGUAAUCUCAUUAUUGAUUUGGGUGCAGGCAAUAACAUGCUGUACAAGAAACCAGAUGUUACAAGACUUUGAAGCAAAGCUUCAGCACAGAUUAGCAUCUCUUAAUCCAUUACCGCCACCGUCAAUCAACAGUCCUAAAAUGAAUGGGAGAGUGGUGUAUCCAAUCGGCUACGGAGCAGACCCGACCGGAUCCGAAGACAGCAGUGACGCCAUACUUGAAGCUCUGAGCGAUGCGUUUGAGUUGGGAAAUGGAAUGGAAAUGCUGCCUGGUGUAAGCGAUUUGGGUGGUGUUGUCAUUGAUUUUGAAGGUGGAAACUACCAGAUCACAAAACCCAUCACCUUUCCACCUCUCAGUGCUGGCAAUCUUCUGGUAAAAGGAGGUACUCUGAGAGCGUCGCCAACAUUUCCAGCUGAUAGACAUCUUGUGGAACUUGCUCCAUCAGGCUCCCUAAAAUCAUCCUCAACUUAUCAUCCCACUACUACCUUUACCGACUCCAAGGACCAUAACGCCGGCAUUUACUACGAGGGUAUCACCUUUCGCGACAUUUUCUUUGAUUCAACCUACCGAGGAGGUGGUCUUUUGGUCGCUGAUUCUGCUCGCAUUCGCAUCAUUAACUGUUUCUUUCUCCAUUUCACAACACAAGGAAUUCUCGUUGUCCGCGGUCACGAGACCUUCAUAUCAACUACAUUCUUAGGCCAACACGAAACAAUAGGUGGCGAUCAAGCCGAGAGAGACUACUCUGGCACUGCCAUCGAUCUUGCUAGCAACGACAACGCGAUUACUGAUGUCGCCAUAUUUUCAGCAGCGGUUGGGAUUUUACUUAGAGGUCAAGCCAACAUUGUUACAGGAGUUCAUUGCUAUAACAAGGCCACCUAUUUCGGUGGCACAGGCAUUCUCGUGAAAAAGAGUCCUGGGUCAUCUCUAACCAGAAUAGACAAUUGUUAUAUGGAUUAUACCAGUAUAGUUAUGGAAGACCCAGUUCAAGUUCAUGUCAGUAAUGGGCUUUUCUUAGGAGAUGCUAAUGUGGUUUUAAAGUCCAUCAAUGGUAGAAUCUCUGGAGUUAACAUUGUGGAUAAUAUGUUUACUGGUAGUCCUACAAACAUGGUACCAAUAGUAAGAGUAGAAGGUGUGUUUAGCAGUACUGAUCAAGUGGUGAUUGAUCGGAACAAUGUGGCCGGAAUGAGGUUGAAAUCGACGGUGGGGAAGAUGACGGUGGCGGGAAAAGGGAGGAGAUGGGUUGCUGAUUUCUCGUCAGUUUUAGUGUUUCCGGAUCGGAUUAAUCAUUUUCAGUACUCGUUUUAUGGGAACGAUCAAGGGGUGGGUGGACGUUCGGUGGUGCAUGCGGUGACGAAUGUUUCAAACAAUGUGGUGGUGGUGGAGAGUGAUGAAUUAGUGAGUGGUGUGGUGUGUGUUUUUGUUGAUCAGUAUAACAUGGUUGGGGAAACUAAUUCUGUCACGAAAUAUUAAAUUUCUUUGAA